UAUAAAUUAUUUGUUGACACUUUCAUCGAGUAACCGAGUACCUGAGUAAUUUAUAUCUCUAUACAAUACUAAUUUCAUUUUACACAAUGCGAAAAUAGCUAAUGUAGCUGCAAUUGCUACAUAAUAAUUUUCUUUUCCAUAAAAUUUUUGUAAAAUUCGGGAAAAGUUUUAAGUUUGUGCUAGUUGAAAUCUAAUAAACAAGUGCGGGCACGAUGUCUGUGCAUUAUAAAUUCAAAAGUACUCUCGAUUAUGACACCAUAACGUUUGAUGGUCUACAUAUAUCGGUGGCGGAUCUAAAGAAAGCCAUUCUGCAGCAGAAGCGUCUCAGUAAAAUUACUGAUUUUGAUUUACAAAUUAUUAAUGCCCAAACUAAGGAAGAAUAUCAACAUGAAUCCAGUUUGAUACCUAAAAAUACCUCGUUAAUAAUAUCGCGUGUACCGGUGGCCAAUCAAACAAAAAAGUCAUGGGAUCCAACGAGUAGACCAGUGCAACCUAGAAUACCAUCUAAAGUGGAAUCAGCUGACUUUGAUUUGUCGAAAAUGGAAGGUAGCGAGGAGGAUAAGAUUCAAGCUAUGAUGUUACAAAGUACUGCUGAAUAUGACCCCAAAAGUUAUCAAAAAAUUAGAGGCUACUCGCAAACAGGCGAGGUUCCGUCAACUUAUCGUUGUAACAAGUGUAAAAAAGGAGGUCAUUGGAUUAAAAAUUGCCCUUACAUUAUAAGUAAGGAACAUACGGUGGAAAAAAGGACGACUGGAAUACCAAAAUCGUUUAGAGACAAAGAUGACAGGGCAUUGAUGAUCGAAAGUCAGGAACCAGUUGUGGAAGAGGAUAAGAAACAGGAAAUUCCAGAGGACCUAAUAUGUGGCAUUUGUAAUGAUUUAUUUGUGGAUGCCGUAAUGAUACCUUGUUGUGGCAGUUCUUUUUGUGAUGAUUGUGUACGAACAGCAUUACUCGAAUCUGAGGAUAAUGAGUGUCCCGACUGCAAGGAAAAAGGCAGUUCACCUGGAUCAUUAAUACCGAAUAGAUUUUUAAGAAAUUCCGUUAAUGCCUUUAAAAAUCGUACCGGUUACAAAGCCAGUAGUCAGGUGAAAAAGGAAUUAAAUCAACAACCCAAGGAAGAACUAGAGGCCAAACAACCUGAGAAUUUAAAUGAUAAGGAGCAGGAUAAAGAGUUACCGACUACAAAAACAGAAGAGCCCGUGGCUGAUGUAGAAGAAAAAGUUAAUAUAGAUUCUGAUAGCAGAGAAAAUAAGGAAGUAGAUACCGAAUCAUUGACACAACCAACAGAGGAACCAACUGCCGAUUCAAAUAUUGAAAGCAUUGAAGUUAGGCAUAAAACAUCUAAUGUCAAUAGCAGUCCGGCUCAUGAAGAUUCCGAUUAUGAAGACAAUAUUGUUGUAACAGUUCCAUCAGCAUCGGAUACUCGCACAGAAAAAUAUCUUAGUCGACGACACACUUCACAUCCUAAACCUCCGGGUAUUGAGCAAAGUUCUCCGAAAAAUAAGCAUCAGGUAUCUCCUUAUCAACAGGAAAGUAAUUCUCAUAGAACCAGUGAGACCUCUAGCCAUUCUGCUAAGGAAUGGGAAAAUUCAUCUCGAGAAAAAGUUCGUGAUCAUCACGAAAAUGCCAAUAAUGAACAUUACAUGUAUGAAAAGAGUAGAGCCAUGCCGCCGUCUAAAUCAAUAGAUAAUGUGCAACCACCCGGAGCUAAUCCGGUACCAGUUCCUUUGUAUCCUUCUCAUCAACCAUACGAAAUGCAACAACAACGACCAAUAAGGCCCAUGAAUAUGCAUCCAGGAUUCCAUAAUCAUAUGCACCGACCGCCUCUAUAUCCACAUCCAAAUAUGCCUCCUCAUCAUCCACCACAUCAAAUGCGUUUACCAAUGCCGCCCAUAAAUUCAUACGACCCAACUUAUAAUCAAAUCGGCAAUGUGGCACCAGGAUAUCAACGUUUUCCCUCUGCGAUGCCGAAUCGCUUUAAUUAUCCUAUUAGAGAGGCAGAAGCACCAAAUCAAAUGCGCCCCUUUAAUAAUAUUGCUUCUGUUUAUGAGGAAGUGGCCGCUAAAGUUGGAGUGGGGAUAAUUGAUGAUCCUUUGGAAGCAUUUAACCGCAUUAUGAAGGAAAAAGAAAAAAAGAAAGAUGAACGACGUUCUCCCGACCGUCGCCGUAGAUCAAAGGAACGACAUGUAAGGGGUAAUUUUCGCACAUCUCCCUAUAACAAUCGCACAAAAGAUCACGGCUAUCACGAUAAAAGAGGACGUUCGCGCGAUCGAGAUAAUGACCGUCGGUGGCCUCGUUACGGAAAACCCAUGGAUAAGGAGCGAGAACGUGAAAGAGACCGUGAUAGAGAGAGGGAGCGUGACCGAGAGCGUGAAAAAGAUCAAGGCUAUAGAACUAGACGUUCAAAAUCUUUAGAUAGAAGUUCAAGAUCAAGAUCUCUUUCUCCUCCCGUCAAAAGGUAUAGAUCACCACAAAACACUAAAAUACAUAAUGUGCACGAAAAACAUCAACACCACUACCAUCAGAAAUUUAGACUGGAUGAACAACAAGAAGAAGGGCUUGAAAGGCAAAGAAGAGAUUCUAAUAGGACAUUGACAAAUCCUCCAAAAUCGUUGGAUCCCAGAGGCGGAAGUAGACAACAUUUAGACCAUGAAGAUAAGAAUAUGGAACUCCGGAGACCAUAUAACAUAAAUGAUGAAAACUCAGAACCACCGCCUCCAGGUUUUGAAGUGCAAUCAUCACGUAAUCCAUUCCACAGCAAUAAUACUUCUCCGCCGCCGGCUGCUAUAAGAGAAAGAGAUCGACCGCUGCGUAACAACACUCCAGAUCUCUACGAAAAAUGUGUCUCACAAGAUAUGGAAGAAAACAAAUUGUACAAUAUUGGCAGCAAAAGUGAUCAGAGAUCGGGAAGCAGGUCUCACACUCGUUCAAGAUCUCGUUCGCGAUCGAGCUUAAGAUUAAGUGAGAAACGUCGAAAGGUUCAUAGGAGUAUGACACCAAAAGGAAAGCCAAGCGAUGGACACACAAAACGGGAAAAGGAUAAUACAUCAACUACCAGAAGUCACUCGCACAGUAAGCGUAAAAGCGAAGAGCGACACAGUAAAAAGGACAAGGAGCUAAACGACCAUGAGUCAAAGCGACGCAGUAUGACACCACCCAGACAAAAAGAUACGCAAAGUGACCAACAUCAAACAUCUUCUGAAACCGACCACAAAGAAAAAUCAGAAAGCAAAAAAUCCGACAAAAAACUCAAGGAUCGAAAGAAGAAACGAAGAGAGAAGAGUGAACGUAAAAAGGUCAAAAAAGAAAAGAAAUCAAAAAAGGAACGUCACAGACUUAAGUCAGAAGAUGCGAGCAAAGAUGAUGAAAAUGAUGAAUGUAAUACUAGCACUAAUAGUACUGAAAACCAAAAUGAGCAGGAAAACAAAUUAGAAAAGGAAUCUAAGGAACAUCAAAAAGGGGACUUCGAAGAAGAUGUGGGCGAAUAUCAAAGUAUAGAAAAAGUUUUAGGUAAUAACUCUACGCCAAAAACUGAACAAAAUGGUUCAGUUGUACAUCAGGGUGAAAGUACUCCUAAGAACCAGCAACCAACAACAGAAUACGAGGAGAAAACACCCACGUCAUCGGAUAUAAAGUGUUUCGAUGCUGUCCUAGAUAUUCAUGAAUACGAAACAGAUUUUGAUGACAACAGUUUCAAACUGCAGGAGAGCGCAAAUAAACUUGUACCCGAAGCAUCCAAGUGGGAACUGGAAGAACAGGUUGGCGCAACAAACCAAUAUAAUGAAGCCAACACAGACGGUGCCCAUACACAGAACAAUGCGGACAACAAAGUAACCAAUGACGUAAUUGUACGAGCUGAAAAGGCCAUUUUUGCGCGAGCUAUUAACGCUAUUCGUCCUCUAGAAGUACGUAAAAAAUCUUUAUCUAAAGAAAGAUCCUCCAAAUGCUAUAGUGACGAUCACGAAAGCAUUCGUAAUAUACAAAUAACUUUGCCUGUAAAUAUCAAUAAAGAUCGUUCGGUCGAGGUAAAAACUGAAAACAAUGAAAAGAAGAAAUCCAUUAAGGAUCGUUUGGGCAGCAAGAUAAGUCAGCCAAUUUUUUCACAGCUUGCUGAUACCCGAAGAGAAACGGAACACACGUACAAAUCUAGCUAUGGCAAUGCCGAUCGCGACGCAGACAGUGAUCGACGAAAAAAGAGUAGUACGGAUAGUAAAGUGAGCAGCAAAAAGAGUGAAAUCGACAAAAACUACCGUGAACGUCAUGGAAAAGAUAGAGACAGGGAAAGAAGUCAUGAAAAGGAGAAAACGAGGGAAAACAAAGAUAGAGAUAAAGACAGAGAACGGGAAAGGGAGAAAGAUAAAGAUAAGGAGAGGAACAGGGAAAGAGACAGAGAACGGGAAAGAGACAGGGACAGGGAGCGUGGCAAAGAUAAAGAACGAGAGCGACAUAGGGAUAAAGAUAAUGUAGACAAGGAUAGAGAUCAUGAUAAAGAUAAAGAUAGAAAUCGUGAACGUACUCGAGACCGUCACGGUCAUGAACCCGAUAUCGACCGCAGCAGACUAAAUAGCAAAAGUAGGGAUCACAAAACUUCAAAAACUGAUAAAGCCCAUCAUAGUUCUGAGCGAGAACAUCGCGAAUACGAUAAUACUUCACGUAAACGACAUCACUCAACUUCACCUGCUGUUGUCCAAAGAAAACGUAGUCCUUCCUCCUCAAAUACCGAUUCAGAUGAUGAAGAUCGCAAGCGAAAACAUUCAAAAAGUGACAAAAAAUCACGCAAACGAUCAGAGACUCCGGACAGUGAUGGCGGCAAAAAGUCAAGCAAAAAGAAAAAUAAAUCAGACAAGAAAAAGAAGAAGAAAAGCAAGAAAUAAAAGGAGUCGUGGAAUUAUUUUUCAACAAGAACAACCACAACUCACAUCCCCAUAUAAAUACAUACACACAUAAAUGCUCAUAUUCAGCAUUUAAAUAAAAAAAAAAAACACAUACAAAUGAAAUUUAUAAAGUACAUAUAUACAUACAUAUAUAAUUUAAUAAAUAUAUAUAUAU